AUGGGUACUGUUAAAUCAGAACCCAAGUACAAGAAGGGAGACAAAGUGUUGUGUUACGAACCAGACCCAAUUAAACAACCAAUUAUCUACAACUCUGUGAUACUGGAAGUGGAACACGAAGAUAUUACUGAGUUCCUUGGAAAGAAGGAUCUUAAAAAUAAGGCUGGUAACAACAAAAAAAGACCCGCAGGAGUGCAACCUAUUUACCUGGUACAUUUCCAGAAUUGGGGUUCCCAGUAUGAUAGAUGGGUGACAGAGGAUUUGGUACUGGCAGAUACCCCCUCAAACCUUGCAAUUAAAGACGAACUGGAGAAACAGAUUGUCGGAGCAAAAAAUGCUUGUAGAAAACGUGGAAUUAGAGGAAAACCUCUAGAUAAAUGUACUGAUCUUAGUGAAAAUCCAGAAUCGAAAUUCAAGAUGGAUCUCAACUUACCAUUGACCAUAAAACAGGCUUUAGAAAGAGACUUUGUAAAUGUGACUCUGAGAAACCUGCUGGUGAAUGUGCCGCGCACUCCCAAUGUAGAGACGAUUCUGGCUAAAUUUGUAGAGGAUGUAUUGGUUACCAACCCACUGGAGGACAGGGGGUCUUUAGAGGAGUUUACACAGGGGAUAAUCACUUGUUUUGACUUCACUCUACCGUUACUGCUGCUCUACAAGGAGGAACGAAGUCAGUUAGAAAGAGAGGGGUUUGUGCAGUCUGGUUCCAGAAUAAAGAGGCAGCAACUAGCGGGGCAAGUGAGCGGAGAUUGGGUUUUAUACCCCGGCUAUUCCAGUUGGGGUAGUAAGACUGAUGAUCAGGACCCUGUCCCCGGACCUUUACAACCCUCUAAACUAUACGGAGCUGAACAUUUACUCAGACUGUUUGUAAAGUUACCGGAAUUGUUGGACCACAUGGAGACGGAGUAUGUUAACAGUGUCGCUUAUUAUUGCCAGACUUUCUUAGACUUUGUAGCGAGGCAUCGAGCGGAGGUGUUUGUGGAGAUACAGCCUUAUAAAGAGGCUGAGUUAUGCGAUCUGGGAUGA